UCAGGAUGUCUAUCACUAAGAUUCACGCUCGGGAGAUUCUGGACUCCAGAGGAAACCCCACAGUGGAGGUGGACCUGUGGACAGCCAAGGGUCUGUUCAGGGCAGCCGUUCCCAGCGGUGCAUCAACUGGAGUCCAUGAAGCUCUGGAGCUUCGCGAUGGAGACAAGAGCCGCUACCUGGGCAAAGGUACAAUAAAGGCAGUGGAUCACGUGAACAAGGACAUCGCCCCCAAGCUGAUUGCAAAGAACUUCAGUGUUGUCGAGCAGGAGAAGAUCGACAAGUUCAUGCUGGAGCUGGACGGCACUGAGAACAAAUCUCAGUUUGGUGCUAACGCCAUCCUGGGCGUGUCGCUGGCCGUCUGUAAGGCUGGAGCAGCAGAGAAGGGAGUUCCCCUCUACCGCCACAUUGCCGACCUCGCCGGACACAAAGAUGUCAUACUUCCUGUUCCUGCCUUUAACGUCAUUAACGGAGGCAGCCAUGCUGGAAACAAACUGGCCAUGCAGGAGUUCAUGAUUCUUCCAGUUGGAGCCGCCAACUUCCACGAGGCCAUGAGGAUCGGAGCUGAGGUGUACCACAACCUGAAGAAUGUGAUCAAGGCAAAGUACGGCAAAGACGCCACCAACGUAGGAGACGAGGGAGGCUUCGCCCCCAACAUCCUGGAGAACAAUGAAGCUCUGGAGCUGCUGAAGUCGGCCAUCGAGAAGGCCGGUUACCCCGACAAAAUCAUCAUCGGAAUGGACGUGGCGGCCUCUGAGUUCUUCCGCAGUGGCAAGUACGACCUGGACUUCAAGUCCCCUGACGACCCGUCCAGACACAUCAGCGGAGAGAAGCUGGGAGACCUGUACCGCAGCUUUAUCAAGAACUACCCUGUCCAGUCCAUUGAGGAUCCAUUUGACCAGGAUGACUGGGAGAACUGGGCCAAGUUCACCGCCUCCACAGACAUCCAG